AUGGGAAUUUUGGUUCAAACGAACCUGAAAAAGCAAAUUCUUGAAGCUCAACAUGAGGCAUUGAAAUCAGAGAAUUUGAAGGAUGAGACCUUGCAUCACCUAGAGAAGGAAUUCGAAACCCGAGCGGAUGGAGUGCGUUACUACAAGGACAGAGUUUGGAUACCAAGGAAUGACAUCCUUCGGUCUACAAUUAUGGAGGAGGCCCAUCGUUCCAAAUAUUCGAUUCACCCAGGAUCYGAUAAGAWCUAUCACACCAGCAUAGAGUGUGCACCGGACGAAGCCCUAUACAAACGUAAAUGCAGAUCACCGCUUAACAGGGUAGAAAUCAGAGAUAGACAGUUGACAACACCCGAUAUUAUUCAGGAAACCACCGACAAGAUUUCAAUCACCAAGGAGAGACUCCAGACAGCAAGAGACCGUCAGAAGAGUUAUGCGGAUAAUCGGAGAAAGCCGUUAGAAUUCCAAGUAAGGGAUAAAGUACUCUUAAAGGUAUCGCCAUGGAAGGGACUAGUACGAUUCAGGAAGAGAGGCAAUCUAGGUCCCAGAUACAUUGGUCUGUUCGAAAUACUCGAAAGAAUCGGACCAGUUGCAUACAAGCUCAGCUUACCCCCGAAGCUUAGUGCCAUCCAUGACACGUUUCAUGUGUCGAAUCUUAAGAAGUGCUUAGUCGACGAGUCUUUAGUUCUACCUCUGGAAGAUAUUCAAGUUAAUGAACAACUAUGUUUCAUAGAGGAGCCGGUCGAAAUUCUCGAUCGUAAGGUUAAGCAGUUGAGGCACAAACAAAUCCCAAUUGUAAAACUUCAUUGGACUUCGUGGCAUGGACCGGAAUAUACAUGGGAAAGAGAAGAUUCCCUGAGAAGCAAGUACCCACAUCUUUUCCUUAACAAGUUUUGA